AGGGAGGAAGGCCCCCAAGAUGGCGAUGCUGGCGGAGCCCCGGAGAAAGCAGAAGUGGUCCGUGGAUCCACGAAACAGCGCUUGGAGUAAAGAUGACUCUAAAUUCGGCCAGAAGAUGCUGGAAAAGAUGGGCUGGUCCAAAGGAAAGGGUCUUGGGGCUCAGGAACAAGGAAAUCCAGAACACAUCAGGGUGAAGGUGAAAAACAACACGCUGGGAUUAGGAGCAAACAUCAACAACGAGGACAACUGGAUUGCUCAUCAGGAUGACUUCAACCAGCUCCUGGCUGAACUGAAUAGUUGCCAUGGACAGGGUGAAACAGAGCCCUCAGUGAAAAAUCAGAAAAAGACAUUCAGCCUCGAAGAAAAAUCCAAAUCUUCCAAGAAACGUGUACAUUAUAUGAAGUUUGCCAAAGGUAAGGACCUCUCAUCCUGCAGUGAACAUGAUCUGUCCUGCAUAUUUGGGAAGAGACAGAAGAGUGGGAAGACACAGGAGGAUAUUACUGAUCCUGAGUCUCAGGAAGACAGGGAGAAGAAGGACUGGCUCUCUGACCCUGCAGAUGGUUCCAAUACAGUGAAGAGCGUUCUCACUGUGCAGGAAUAUUUUGCCAAGCGCAUGGCAAAGCUGAAGGGAUCUCAGAAGGAACCAGAAACAAAGGUGGAUAAUUCCAGCCCAACGGCUGAUGAAGCUUUGGAUCUUGUGGAAGAGCUGGAAACCAAAGUGAAGAAGAAAAAGAAGAAGCAGAAGAGAGAUGAGGAGGCAGAAAGGACAGAGCAUUGCGAGAAACAGCCUGAAACUGGUGGUUUGGAUGGAGAGGAACUGGAUACUCCAUUAAAUGAAUGUCACAGAGGGAAAAAGAAGAGGAAACAUAAAGAGCAGCAUGAAGGAGAAAACACCAGUUGUGAUGAAAAUAUGGGCUGUGGAGAAAUUUAUGUGGGAAUAGCUGAUGAGGAGGAUCUCGGUGUAAGGGACCAGGAGGAAAAGCAGAAGAAACGCCAUAAGAAGAAACACAAAAGGCAAAAGGAGGAGGUGGAGGAGUGUGUGGAAGGAGCCCCCAGGAAGAAAAAGAAGCACUGCAAGCACAUUUGACCAUUUCAGAGUCAUGCUGGGGCUCUGAGGUGAAUUAGAGGAGGACUCUGUGUAAGCUCAGCAGCAAACACGUCGUGUCCCAGGAUAGAACACGGUGCUCCACCUCCAGCUGGGACCACGGCCUGGGUUCAAGUGUCUCUUCCAAAGGAGAACAUGGUGAUGGGCCAACAUGAGCUUCAGUACCACAUUAAGAAGGGAUCCAGCACAUGGUUCAGACUGUGAAAGGCAGGGAACUACUUUCUGCUGCUUCACACUGACUGUGUUUUUCCCAAUCUAGGAAAAAAUAACAAAAAAAAGUCACCAAACUACUGCCUUUUUUAUUAAAGUUGUUUUCACUUGUGAGAGCCCAGCUCUGCUUCUGGAAACAGGAGGG